AGAGAGUUUCUGCAAGGGUCCCUUUUGAGACAUACAAGCCACAGAAUCCUGUGGAUGAUGGACAGAUGUUCUGGCCCGUAUUUCAAAAGAAGAAGAUGUGGACUCUCAGCGCUAAAGGAGGGGUGAGCUCUGAAAAAAAAAAUACCAUGGAAGGAAAGGCUCCUUUUGAGGGUGAAGAGAAGCAGUUACGGAAAGCAAGCAACGAAGGAGAAGACAACAGCGAUGAAGAUGAUGCACAAAAGAAGGAAGGAAAACUCCACACAGUAUCACCGGAAAGAAUGGAAGAUGAAAAUGAGAACUGUCCUGAUGCAGAAGAAUCCCAGAGGCAGAACCAGAACCAGGCAGACCUGAGGAAAGACAUAUCUCAUCAACAUCUGAGGAAUGUUGUCUGUGAAGAAGAAAUGGGAAGGAUAUCAAACAGAUGUAUCUGCGUUCUUCAAAGCUCAGAGUCUGGACAAAACAGCGCUCUGAGGAAAAGCCCUGUGAAAUGUCCAAGAUGCCACACAGAGGGGAAAUGGUGUCAUUGUUUGGAACAUAGAAAGAGAUCCAGAUUGAGCCCAGAAGAUACGAGAUUUAACACAGGGCAGAAAAAUAUCAAAGCCUUCAGGUCUCAAAAAUGCUUCAGUGUAAGCUCUGCCCUUGAAGUCUCUCAACAACAAAACUCUGAAGAGAAACCAUAUAAAUGCAAGGAAUGUGGGAAGAGCCUCAGUACCCGUUCAGGAUUUAGGAGGCAUCAAAGGGUACACACAGGAGAGAAGCCCUACAAAUGUCAUGAAUGUGGAAAGGGCUUUGGGGAGACUUCUGAUCUUAGAGUACACUUGCGAAUUCAUAAAGGAGAGAAACCCUAUAAAUGUGAUGAAUGUGGUAGGAGUUUCACCCAAUCCACACAUCUCACAGCACAUCAACGAAUUCACUCAGGAGAAACCCCCUACAUUUGCAAAGACUGUGGGGAAGAAUUCAGGCAUCUUUCAAGUUUAACCAGACAUCAGUACUUGCAUUCAAGGGAGAAACCCUACCAGUGCAAUGAAUGUGGGAAAAAGUUCAGCUUGAAAGCAAACCUUUCAGUACAUCAGCGAACUCACACUGGAGAAAAACCCUAUAAGUGUGAUGAAUGUGGGAAGAAGUUCAGCCAGAAAGGAAAUCUUAUAGUACAUCAACAAAUUCACUCAGGAGAAAAACCCUAUACAUGCAAAGAAUGUGGAAAAUGUUUCAGCAAUGCCUCAAAUUUAAAAGAACAUCAGCGCUCUCAUUCAGGGGAGAAACCCUAUAAGUGUGAUGAAUGUGGGAAGAAGUUCAGCCAGAAAGGAAAUCUUAUAGUACAUCAACGAAUUCACUCAGGAGAAAAACCCUAUACAUGCAAAGAAUGUGGAAAAUGUUUCAGAGUUGCCAUAGGUUUAAAAGAACAUCAGCGCUCUCAUUCAGGGGAGAAACCCUAUCAGUGUGGUGAAUGUGGGAAAAGUUUCAGCAAGAAAGGAAAUCUUAUAGUACAUCAACGAAUUCACUCAGGAGAAAAACCCUAUACAUGCAAAGAAUGUGGAAAAUGUUUCAGAGUUGCCUCAAAUUUAAAAGUACAUCAGCACUCUCAUUCAGGGGAGAAACCCUAUCAGUGUGGUGAAUGUGGGAAAAGUUUCAGCAAGAAAGGAAAUCUUAUAGUACAUCAACGAAUUCACUCAGGAGAAAAACCCUAUACAUGCAAAGAAUGUGGAAAAUGUUUCAGAGUUGCCCAGAUCAUCAAAAAGUUCAC